AUGGCCCCUAAAAGAGAACCGUCUAUUAAGAAGUCUCCAUCGCCUGUGGCCCAGCAGCCCAGACUAGGGCCUCCUUUCCCUUGCCUCCCCUCAGCUAACCCUGCCCAGCCAAGGUCAGCUCCAGAGCAGAAACCCAGGAUGCUGCGACCCUCUGAUUCUCCAUUUGACCCCAGCACCAUGGAGGUGAGUGGAGGUGCCUGCCACAGAACCCAACUCUCUGUGUGUGUGUGUGUGUGUGUGUGUGUGUGUGUGUGUGUGUGUGUGUGUGUGUGUGUGUGUGUGUGUGUGUGUGUGUGUGUGUGUGUGUGUGUGUGUGUGCGUGCAUGUGUGUGUGUUUCUGUGCACAGCAAUGACAGAGCUAAUGUGGGACGAAAGCCUAAAAUCUAGUCUCUGUUUCAGUGGAAGUCUCUUUGCAUGUUUCGACACAGUGCCGAAUAACUACUAUGACUAAUAGGGCAUGCUGAAAAUAGCCCAAUGCUCCCAUGUAAUAAUAGACUGGAAAGUAGGCAGAGCGAUAGGCUGUUUCUUGAGAUGCAAGCAUUCAAUCCAUUUUGAAAUAUGCAGUUUAUUACUCUUGUUUUGUCCUAGGAAAUGUUAAAGGUACAAAGCAUCUCAAAUUAUGUUUCUCAAUAGCAAGAUGUGCUUCCACAAAUCCUCUUCUAAAUCCUCUUCCUAUUGUUUUAUCAGAGACUAAUAGGAACCAAACUACCAGUAUCAUUCUGGGAUAAAGAUGAGUUGAGAACUAGGGCAAUGCUAUAGAAGCUGUCUGUGACUGACCUCCUCUGGGAGGGAGUGUGCUUAUUUAUCUCCGGGAGAUACUCAGAUAUAACCUUGAACCAUCCACAACACACAUUUACAUAUUUAUAUCCUGGGGGGGCUGGAGGUUAGUGAAAGGAGGUUAGCUGGAGGUUUAGAAAUGUAAAAUCACAGAGACAUCACAAUUGGUAGGCCUAUAUUUUUGUUUCAUCCACAUUAGGCCUGUCACUUUGUCACAUGUCCAUGGCUUUGCUCUCAUCAAUGCUUUGUAUGUUUCUUUGCAAUAGAAUUAGUGGUCUGCUGCAUGUGUCUGUGUUGCGAGAGUUUAUAAAGGGGUCAAUAUGCCCAUAGACUGUAAACACUCCUUGGCACUUUGUCCUCAUUGAUCAGAGGACUAGACAGGUUGUGGCCUAGUCAAUGAGCUAGUCUCAGGACCUAAGGAAUCUAACACCAUUUCUAUAACAGGCCAAAAUGAAAUGUACAUUCAGUGUAUAAUGUAGCUAGGCCUAUGACAGUUUCUAAAAGUUUUACCACAGAUGAAAGAGAAAAUUAAAAGGGCUAGUUAUAUAGCUAAUCAUCUUUGGUUUUACCAUGGAAAAGAGCCAGGACAGGGGCCACUCCUACCCUACCCUGCCCUGGCCCCAAUCCAUGUUUAUGCGCACUGCGCAGAUGCAGCACAGAGGAGCUAUGACGCGCAAGUAAACACUGUGCUAGUACUAGUAGGACUUUUCCUCGCUGACGAACCCUCACAUUCCUCCAGCUUCCGACGUCUUCGACACACUCCAACAGCCACAGAUAUGGUGGGUUCUUCAAUAACCUGUAUUAACUAACUAGCUAUCUACUCGAAAUCCUAUUCUUAUUUCGGAAUUGUAGCUAUGUCGAAUUAGCUAACAGUUCGCUAACUUUACUAGCUAACUAGAAAAGUUAGCCAGUUUAAUUGAGCAGAGCCAGCUAGCGUUAUCGUCGCUAGUUAGCUAACUGGCUAACGUUAGUUCCUUACUCUCCAGAUUAGCAACCCUAACUUCUUGAUAUAUGGUGGCAUACCAAUACCUAAAUCUCGAUAUAGUUUGCCACUGUCUCCAAUCAAAUGUCACCCAGAUGUUAGUCUUUCUCACUGACUAGUAGCCAGCUAACGUUAUUUCCUAGAUAAGGCAGGUGUGAUAAAGUUGGCUGCCUAGCUAACUAGUUAGCUGAGCUAGCUAGCCACUGGUCCUUGGCAACAGGAUUUUACAAUAUCAUAGUAGCUCGCUAACUUUAUCUUUCUUUGAACAGUCUGACUUCUCAGAAGACCAAAUCAUGGGUGAGUUACAAACUGGCUAACUAGAUUAGCUAGCUAGCUAAUUUCCCCAAACUUGACCAACUAUUGCAUGUUGCCAUCCUCAACUCAGAGACAAAUGCCACUUAUUUUCUUUCUUGCUUGUCUUACUUUUUCUUUACUAUCUAUCAUCUGCUUUAUGCCUUGUCUGUAAUUUCUCUAUAGUAGCAAAGUUACCACUAUUUCCUUACUGCUUGUUCUUUCCAGAUUGAGUUUAACCUGGAUCAAAUACAUGGUGAGUUAUUGGUGAAUGACCCUAACAUUUGGCCCUUGAGUCUUGGACCUGAAUCUAACAGUGUUUAAGGCAUGUUGUUGGUCUGAUACAGAUGCAGAAGUUUGUGAUAGCUAGUCACACCAUGGAUAUUAGGCUACAAGGUGUCACUGGUAUAUUUUAUAACAGACUGAGUCUAGCCUGUUAUUUUAGCCCAUUGUGUAAUGUCUGUUUCCUGUUUGUUUUUCUGUCAGUAGAAAGUCUGUUUAUAGCUAGUUUCAUCCUCGUUAGCUCAGGUCCAGUAUACAAGGUAGUAAUAGGCUCCUGGUGUGUUUGUUGGUGCAUUUCUAUAGACAGGAAAUCCACCUUUUGCAUACCAUAGGUCAUCACUCCACUUUCUGUGUUUGCAUCAAACUUCAUACAUUCCCAAUUGUCCCAUUCCCAUGUACCAUAAAAGUUUGCAUGCUAUUUUACUAGCUUGUCAUCUCCCCUGGAGUGUUCCCUUUCCUUUUUUGGAGUUAGACACAGACUAGUAGAUGAGUCUUCUCCACUCCCUGCCUUGUUUAAUCAUGGUUGACAGAAUACAGCUCUCCCUCCCUCGCUCCUCCAUGACCUAAUAUGGUGUUGGGAAAUGGAACUCAGCGGGCCAUGAGGGAAGAGGGAGGCACAUUCCUGAGAACAGGAAAAAGCACAACAGACAAGUGCUGUGUUUGCCUGGGGUUCUGAAGGGAUAUCCCAUACUCUGCAGGCCAGGGUUGCGGUCAAUUCCACUUCAAUUCAGUCAAUUUGGGAAGUAUAUGGACACUUUUAAUUUAAAUGUACUUCCUUUUCAGUUUACUUCCAGAUUUCACAGAAUUGAACAGGAAUUGACCCCUAGUGUGAUAAGUGGUCCUAGAAUUGAGAGACCACCACCAAGCGGUUACAUCAUUUCUCCUUCUAGGCCUUUUAGUUGUUUAUGGGCCCUUUCUAGUUAGUUCGGCCAGCUUCUUUAUAAGACUUUGUUACUACUAAUCGACCUGUCUGUUUAAGGAUGGUCAGCUAAAUCCUUUUUGAGAUCAGUCUAUCAUUGAGAUGCUUUGGCAUUGUCAUUGCUUCUGCAUUGUCUGCUAUGGAUUUCCAGUGUUUUCUAUGCCCUACACUAAUACUCCGUAGAGACCUGCAUGUCUCCUUGGAAGGAUUAGAUAACAUCGCCUGACCUUAAAUUACACAGACCUAUUUAAGGUCAUCAAAUAUUCAGAUGGAAGUAAAUGCACAAAGGAGAUUACGACAUUUGAGAACUUACUGGUGCGAAGACUCAGAAGUGUUGGUUACAUAGGAAUUAAUAUCAGAUUUUUUCCCUUGUUGAUGUUUGAGUCUACAGUGUUAGCCUAAUUAGGAUAAUUUACAAAGCUCAUGAUAGUAAGUGUAGGCUAUGUAGCGGAUUAGCAUCUUGUGUCUUUUUAGUUUGACUUGUUUGUCAUCACUUGUUAAUGUGGAUGUAGACAUUAGUGAACUGGGUGUUGUUCAAUUAAAAGGGGAACCUUUGUCAUAUGUGGCUACGGUGGAUAAUGUUCUCCAGCCUUGCCAAGGUAAUGUCAUUCUGCUCAGGUGUUUUCUUCCCCCAUCCUACGGGAGCCACCGUACCUACACUACCAGUCAAAAGUUUUAGAACAUCUACUAAUUCAAGGGUUUUUCUUUAUUUUUACAAUUUUCUACAUUGUAGAAUAAUAGUGAAGACAUCUAAACUAUGAAAUAACACCUAUGGAAUCAUGUAGUAGCCAAAAAAGUGAACUUAUCCCCUCAGCAGAGGUAACUCUGGGUCUUCCUUUCCUGUGGCGGUCCUCAUGAGAGCCGGUUUCAUCAUAGCGCUUGAUGGUUUUUGCGACUGCACUUGAAUAAACUUUCAAAGUUCUUGAGUUUUUCCUUAUUGACUGACCUUCAUGUUCUUGCCAAAAUAUAGACUUGGUUUUGUACCAAAUAGGGCUAUCUUCUGUAUACCCCCCCUACCUUGUCACAACACAACUGAUUGGUGCAAACGCCUUAAGAAGGAAAUAAAUUCCACAAAUUAACUUUUAACAAGGCACACCUGUUAAUUGAAAUGCAUUCCAGGUGACUAUCUCAUGAAGCUGGUUGAGAGAAUGCCAAGAGUGUGCAAAGCUGUCAUCAAGGCAAAGGGUGGCUAUUUGAAGAAUCUCAAAUAUAAAAUAUAUUUUGAUUUGUUUAACACUUUUUGCUUACUACAUGAUUCCAUAUGUGUUAUUUCAUAGUUUUGAUGUCUUCACUGUUAUUCUACAAUAUAGAAAAUAGUAAAAAUAAAGAUAAACCCUUGAAUGAGUAGGUGUUCUAAAACUUUUGACCGGUAAUGUAUGCUAAACCCGUUGCUUUGCUAGCUCACGAGGAUGUUGUAGCUAAAAAACCUGAGUUGUAAACAACCAAGUCUCAUUCUUCUACAAACAGUAACGUUAUUCUCAAGUUUUCCUUCCAUGGCCUGCUUAGGCUAUAUGCCUGUGAUCGAAAUCAGCACGGGUAGGCUGCAAUUGUUUAAAAAAAUAUGUAGCCUAUUUGACUGAUAAACCUUAGCUUACAGGCGAAUACAUUUUAAACUACAUCUUUAGUCUACUUAGCAUAGGGAAGAUCAUAAGAAUUCCUCUAAUUCCUUUUCUACACACGACCCACGCAAUUUCUCUGCUUAUUUUUACCAGCAUUGCUCCACGUAGACGUGUGAAAAAUAGGCUUGCUUUCUAAUUUGACGCGCUAUGACGCCGUUGACGCUCAUGGCCUGUCUAUUUUCUCUAACUCAUAUGCAGUCUAUUUCCAGCGUGAGCACACUCGUUCGCUCGCUUAAAAAAUAAUGCUUUCCGUUUGAAUUGGGCUUUAGGCAACCCACUCCACUGUAGUUGGUGCUAUCUCAUUUUACUUUCCUAAGUGCCACUGUGUUGAUCCCACUGGUCAGGUGAAGGGAGACCAUGAUUCAUUCAUUAAUGGAAUAAGCUGAUGUUGUGAAACAAUGUUCGCGAAUGUUUUAUUUUAGCUAAAACUACCUGAAGUAAUACACACUAUCGGUUGUUAUCAUAUUGAUUGGUGAUUUAUUUUUUGUUGCUCUGGCCUGUCUUACAUAUCCAACCUCUCUCUUGCAUUUCCAACUUUUCCCUUUUUCCUCCAUCUCCUCCUAACAAUUUUCCAUCCUCUCCCACACCCACUCAUUCUCUCCUCACACUAACCCAUAUCUCCCUCCCUCCUCUAGAGUUUAAGGAGGCCUUCCUCCUCUUCGACAGAACCGGUGAUGGGAAGAUCAGUUACAGUCAGUGUGGUGACGUCAUGCGGGCAUUGGGACAGAACCCCGUCAAUGCAGAGGUCCUUAAGGUACUGGGCAACCCCAAGGCUGAGGGUGAGAUACAAUAAAAUCCUGUAUAACAGUGUUUCUGUGCCCUAGACAUGUCUCAACCAGAACUUGUUUGGACCAGGAUUCUUUGAAUUUUCACAAACGAAAGCCUUAUCCGUUGCCAAAAUGCUCUGACCACCUUUGAGCAGCGAUCACUUUUGUGCUAAAAUGGUUGUGAUGUUCAGACCCCUGUGUUCAUUCAUAUCAUCAAUUCAUUAAUUUCCUCUGUUUCUACUUGUUCAGAGAUGAACCACAAAAUGCUUGACUUUGAGCAGUUCCUGCCCAUGCUGCAGGCCAUCGCUAAAAAUAAGGACCAGGGCUCCUUUGAGGAUUUCGUUGAGGGGCUGCGUGUCUUUGAUAAGGAGGGCAACGGAACCGUAAUGGGGGCAGAGCUACGUCACGUCCUCACCACACUAGGUGGGUUACUGGCGCUUCAUUCUUUUACUCUCAUCCACAUCUGAGGAAAGAUAUUUUAAGAAUGUUUUUAUUUAUUUAAUGCAGAAUGAAAAUCCCUGUUCAAAAGGUAAUCUAAUUUGGAAGUUGACUCAGAAAAUAUACAUCCAAAAUAUCGCAAAGAUAUUCUGUAAAGUCGACACCUGUAAUGUGACAAUCAUUUUUCAUUACAGCACAAACAUCAAGCCACAUUUCAGAUUUCAGACAAUUACCAAUAAGUGUGUUAUUUUUAAGUUGAAAACCAAUGAGAACACGACUUUUGAACAUAACAGUGUAGCUAUUGUCAAUUUACCGAGGAUACUUUACUAAUAUAUUAAUUUGUAUUUGUAUGUCUUUCAGGGGAGAAGAUGACAGAGGAGGAGGUAGAGACACUUCUUGCCGGACACGAGGACGCUAAUGGCUGUAUUAACUAUGAAGGUGAGAGGGAGGGAGGAGAAACUGAGAAUGAAAGAUGGAGAUAGAGGAUACACCAGGAUGUGUUGUUGGGUCUGAUUAGGUUAAUGUUUUGUAAGUACCCCACCACCCUUACACGACUUCUACUUCUAACCACAACACCCUGGUUAUGCAAUGAUGACCAUGCAUGUUUCCUUGCUGUGUGGAGAGAGGUAAAGUGCGGAAGUUGUGGCGGGGAGGAUUUCUGGGCUACGGUGUGUACAAAAUGAAGAUACGGAUGUUUUAGAGCCAGGGUUUGUUUAUGCAGAGAUCAAUAUUGAUGGCGAGAUCUUGCAGGCAGCAGGUAGCCUAGAGGUUAAGAGCAUUGGGCUAGUAACCGAAAGGUGGCUGGUUCGAAUCCCUGAGCCGACUAGGUGAAAAAUCUUUCGAUGUGCCCUUGAGCAAGGCACUUAACCCUCAUUCCUCCUGUAAGUCGCUCUGGAUAAGAGCAUCUGCUAAGUGACUAAAAUGUAAAUAUAAAAAUGAGAAGUGCCAAUGUUGAUGGCUGAAUAAGUGGACAGGUUUGUUUUUCUAUGACUUUUACCUUUUAAAGCAGUUGGCUGAAGAACUGGACUGAGGUGGUGAAAGUACAAGCGAUUACAAUCUCCUGUGUCACUGCACAACGAUGCAGCUCUAACUGUUUGGUGAUGGGAGGACCAGACUGUGAAUACAAACCGAAUUAGUAACAUGCUGUGUAACUGUUCUUCCUCCACAGCGUUUGUCCGUACCAUCAUGUCUGGCUGAGAGCCGGUAUGAGCAGGGCAGCAGAUGGUAUACUAUAGGGCCUACUUGAACAAUGGGUUCUUCCCAGGCUCUCCUGCUUAGGCAUCCAUGCAAAACACACACACACACAAGCUGUUAUUUGCCUUAUAAAUCCAUUGUAAAUCUUGCAGUGGGAUAGCCUGGUGAGAGAGAGCCCUGUUGUGGUGCAGUUUGGACUGGAGGUUUUGACUCAUUGGUAGACUCUCCCUGUUCUCUCUUCGACCCUGAGCAUGGCUGCUACAGCAGACCCCUCUGCAUGUCUGGAUAUCCCCUCUGUCUAAAGGAUUGGGGGAAUCUCAUUUGUAUUCCUCACUUCCUCGGACCUUCUCCUUCAAUGCGUUUUGAGGAGGAGAGAGGAAAUACAAUUGAUAUUCACCUUAUAGAGUGGUAGUUUAUACAUGCAGAGCAUUCUAGCAGGAGUAGUUGUUGUACUACGUGUUGUGUUUGGAGCUGGGCUGGAUAAUGUAAUUGAGCACUUUUUGCAGCACGUUAUUACCCACAAUGCAAUUUUCUCAUUUGGGCCUCUCAUCACAUGAAUGCUAUGCUGCCACCAAAAUAGGCAGUUUGCCUUGGAGUCUCUUUGUGAAAGCCCCUACACGAGAAUUAACACUAAAUUGACCAUUUUAAUCAAUGUGAGCAUAUCUUAGCAUAUUUCCCCCAGCUCUGCCAUAACAGACGAGUCACUCCUCCCUGUUACUAACCACAAAAUUGCAGUGAAUUUGCUAUUUUUGCUGGCGAUCUCUUCUUCUCUUCUUAUGGACACUGAUUAUAGCUGAGUGCUAUUGAGAUCUCUGCGGAUCCCCCAAUCUCGCUGUUCCAAUCUCUUCCCCCCCUGAUCUGUGCCUCCAUAGAGAAAACAAAGGUGGGUUCUCUUCUUUAACGGUCUCUUGGAUCCUAGACCAGUCCUCCUGGCCAAAUCCAUCCACUUUGGCUGAGUAGGAGAUGAUCUCUCAACCUCUGUCCUACUCCCUCGUCCCCACUCUCCUCUACUCAUGGACUUAGAGAAACAAGGGAUGUACCUCCUUCAACAGCAUCCCAUUUAUAUGGGCUAAAGUAAACAAUGUUGAGGUCGAAGAGUUGAUUUUCGAAACAAACAGGAUGUUGCUGUAUUUGGAGUUGAUCCCCAAUUAGCUGUGAAUUGAUUCUUAUGUUUUUUCCCUUCUCUCUCUUCUUCCCCUCAUUCUUUACAUCAAAGAACUCGUGCGGAUGGUGAUGAGCGGUUGAAGAUCAAGAAGAACAUUCCUUCCUAUUCUUAGUUUUUUUGUUUUUACCUUGUUUAUUUCUAUGACAUAUUUCCCCUCCUUUUUGCAACUCGUUUCCAGUCCUUUCCUUUCUGCCUGUUUCCUGUAUUAUCCUAUUAUAUCUUCACGUCUUUUAUUUUCAAAAGUGCCUUUACAUUCCCAAGUUAAGACCAUUAGUGACCCAAGUUAUUUUAAUGCAUCAGCCUGGCCCUUUGGUCCAUUGAAUUAAGCAUGAGACCAACUUGCAUGUAAUUAGAAGCUUGUGUGCUGCUGGCGUGACCUGCAAUAACAUUUCAAGAUAGAUUACUUCAUACCAACCUAGCCUGAGUCCAAAAUCUGUUUGUGCUGUCUUGGGACCAGGCUACUUAAUACCUAUCGUUGGACAAUAAUUAUUGUUGAUGCAAUACAUCCACAGGCUUGUCUGUGUCAGUGGGGAGGGAUAGUGUUGUGGUGGGUGACCAAUGACCUAUUAUUGGCUAAGACUUAGCCUGGGUCCAAUACCUGUUUGUGCUGUCUUGCCAGUUGCCAACUCUGUCAAUGGUAUGACAAUGACAGCAAUGGAGUUGUCAAGACAGCACAAAAAGAUCUGAGACCAGGCUAGUGAAGACUUGCUUUGGCUGGGAAUGUCUCCCUUCCUAUUGCUGCCAGCGAUAUGCAGUUAGUUAACCAAUAUGUAUAAGAAGCCAUACAAUCAUGACAACAUAGACAUCCAUGAGCGGUUCAGUGGAUUUGUUUUUUUCUGUUCCUUAAUUUGUUGCAGCAUUCAAAUAAAUGAUUUUCUGAAAACA